AUGACAGAAAUAGACGCGGCGCUGGCACCUAGGCAGAGGAGACCUGAUGUCAAUGAACAGGAAAACACCGUUAAUAAGGCCUUCCUUCCAUAUGUUUCCCAGGUCACCGAUAGGAUUGGUAAAUUUCUCAAAAAGCAUAACAUCAAAACCAUAUACAAACCUACCCGAAAAAUAAAGGACUGCUUAAGACCAGGAUCUACCGUAUACCUUGUUCCUGCGGUAGCGUAUAUAUUGGAACUACCAAACGCUCAGUCGGAACGAGACUUACAGAACAAAAGAGAAGCUGCAGGAUUAGGGCAAACAGAGAAGUCGGCAACAUCUGGAUAUCAUCCUCGUCUGGUCAGGGAAGCUGUUGAAAUUCACAAACAUCCAAAUAAUUUCAACAGGAAGGAAGAAACUUUCUACCUUAACAGAAUUUGGCAACCAGUUACAUCUAGGACCAAAGUAGAAGCACAGAGAAGUAGACCAGUUCCGGAAGAACUACCACCGGAACAAGCACGCCCCCUCCGCCGCCGACGCGUAAAUCAAAAUAAAGAUCUUGGCUUCAACUUCAAAGCAAUAUUACCUGUAUAUUUUGUAGUUAGGAGACUAAAAGGCACCGCUCAAAAAGAUUAUGUUCCAACACCGAAAGUAUCUGGUAGUAUUGGUUAUUAA